GGGACCCCUCCCUCUACUAGCCGGGGGCCUCCGCGCGCCCCCGGUCCCUCCCGGCAAGGCGGGAGCGCGCGAGUCGCCGACCCCUCCGCUCGAAAAUCAAACCGGGCUGCCGGCCUCUCAGCCAAUCGGAGAGGAGAUGGGCCAGCCUCGGCCAAUGGCCGCCGCGAAUGCUAAUGAGCGCUGACGCCGCGAGGAAGCCCAUUCAAAAAGUCGCAGCUAUUGUCGCGGUGGGUUGCGUGCCGCCGGGCCCGCCGUCGGGCCGCCCGGGGACGGACCCUGGGCCACGCGGGGACCAGCCCGGGGCGGGCCGAGGACCGAGGCCUGCCGGCGGGCGCCCAUGGCCGGAGCCGCAAUGGCCGAGCCCGGCCGCGGGCCGCCUUUCGCGCCCGCGCCCGGCACGGAGGGUCUGCCGCGCGCCUUCCUGCAGAGCCUGCGCACCCUCUUCGACAUCCUGGACGACCGGCGGCGCGGCAUCGUGCACCUGCGCGAGAUCGAGUCCCGCUGGCAGGGCGCCGACGCGCGCGAGCUGCCCCGCGGCGUGCUCGAGGGCUUGCGCCAGGUGGCCCCGGCCAGCGGCUACCUGACCUUCGAGCGCUUCGUGGCCGGCCUGCGCACCUCACUGCUGAGCGCCGACGGCGGCACGCGGGCCCCGGCGCGCGCCCCGGCCCGGGGAGGCUGCCCGGCGCGGCCCGGGGGGCAGCCGCCGCCGCCGCAGCGCCUGGUGUUCGCGCCGGCCGACGAGCCACGGACGGUCCUGGAGAGGAAGCCCCUGCCCCUGGGCGCGCGCCCCCCGCCGGCCGGCCCGGGCGGCGCGGCCCGGAGCCUAGAGAAGCUGUGCAGCCCGGCGGAGGCGGCGCCCGGCCCGGAGGAGCCCGAACGGCCCCAGGGCGCGGCGCUGGAGCGGAGCCCGAACACGGACGCUGAUGCAGUGGCCUGCAGGGCCCGGGAGCUGGGCGUGGGGGACGCCCGGUGGGGUCCCCGUGCCCGAGGGGAACGUCGGAGACACACCAUCACCAACGGUGUGGACUGCGACCUGCUGAAGCAGAUGAAGGAGCUGGAACAGGAGCAGGAGGUGCUGCUGCAGGGCCUGGAGAUGAUGGCACGGGGCCGGGAGUGGUACCAGCAGCAGCUGCAGCGCGUGCAGGAGCGCCAGCGCCGCCUGGGCCAGAGCAGGGCCAGUGCCGGCUUCGGGGCUGAGGGGAGCCCCCGCCUGCUGGGGCAGCUGCUGCCCAAGGUGCAGGAGGUGGCCCGGUGCCUGGGGGAACUGCUGGCCGCGGCCUGCGCCGGAAGGGCUCUGCCCUCGUCCUCCUCAGGGCCCCUGGGCCCUGCCCUGGCCCCCGCCUCGCCCUCAGUCCCCGGCUGGCAGCGGCAGACCAUUCUCAUGCUGAAGGAGCAGAACCGACUCCUUACCCAGGAGGUGACCGACAAGAGCGAGCGUAUCACACAGCUGGAGCAGGAGAAGUCCGCCCUCAUCAAGCAGCUGUUUGAGGCCCGUGCCCUCAGCCAGCAGGACGCUGGGCCCCUGGACUCCACCUUCAUCUAGCCAGCCCCAGGCACGGACGUGGGGCCUCGCGGCCUGGCACUCAGCCCUGGGCGGGCGGGCACUUCCUUGAGCCCCACCUCGGAGGCUGAAGGCACCCUGGCCAGCCCGAGCACCGCCCUCCUUCCUCCCUUCCAGUCCGGGCUCCCCUAACCCCAGGAUGUUCUGAGACCCCAGACGUUGACUCCAUCUUGGUCUUGGGGGCCUGACCUGGGGUGGGACUCCAUCAUGCCAACACACAACCUGAAGCUGCUCCUGCCACUGUCAGUGGACAGCGGGGGACACCCCCUCGUGUUCACCAGAUCUGGACAGCCCUGGGCAGGCCUGCCCCUGUGUUUGCAGCUGGUGUGUCUCCCCUCCCACCUGGGGUCUCCAGUGGAAGGCACUGAUCACACAAGGCUGCGUUCCCAAGAGUGGCCAGCAGAGGGCGCCACAUGCACUGAUGACUGUGGCCUUGGAGGCCCCACUGUGGUGUCUCACAUGGGGCCUGGAGUAGGGGAACCUGGGGCGGGCUGGGACACCUGCAGGUCCAGUGGGUGAUUGGCCCCGGGGGUCCAAGGGCGUCUUCCCCCCCCCCCAAGGUUAGGCGGCUGUCCCUCAGCCAGGAGCAGAUGGAGGGUGGUCUCUAAGAAGGGGGGGUCUGCUUGUGUCCAGUUCCAGGGGAGCCCCGAGGGCAUGGUGUUGGGGAUUCACUGGAUUCAUGCCUGGGCCAAAGCUGGCCUGCUUGGUCCUCCCCACAGACCUUAGAUGCUAAACAAACAGGUUGGCCUUCAUCCCUCCUGGCCCAGACUCCACCGAGCAACCUGUGACCCAGGCCCAGAGCCUUGGGCCUGCCAGGUGACCUAGCCAGGGCUGUGGUCACCAGGGUGGCUUAAGUGUGCCCCUCCCUGGGGAGGGCCCUGUCCCCAGGAAGGGGGUCAGCCUGGGCCUCCCAGACCUGCCCCAAGGGGCCUUGUAGGUCCAGCAGCCUUGCCAGGCCCUUCACCAGAUUCAAGGUUCCCCGGUAUGGGGACCUGCACACCCUCUAUCCCCCCACCCCAGCUUGGCCCUGGGUCUGGAUCACAGGAAGGGGGUCCCGCAGGACUUAGGAAGAGGUCGGCAGUGGGUACCGUCGGGGGUCCUUUCCUGCUCUAAGGGAGACCUCCUGCUCAGCUGGGCCUGUGAUCACCCCGAGACGGGCUCCAUGCUCCCCUCUGCCGUCCCCCGCCGACCCCCCAGCUGAGCGUACACGGGCAUUACAGGCAGGCUGAGCGGUCAGGGGCCCUGGACACGGUGCACGCGUGUAUGUGUGGAGCAUGGGACCUGCGGCCUGGAGGGGUUGUGUGCAGAGCUUCCCACAGCCCCGGAGUGGGGGCAUGGCCUGACCACAGAGGACGGGUCCAAGGUGCAGGCGGCCACUCCCCGCCGGGCCCAGCUCCGCCACACCGGCAGCGACCUGGCCGGAGCCCCUCCCCACACCACACUCGGGGCCAGUGGGCGCGGGGCUCUGGGUGUGCGGUUGUCCCAGGUCAGACCCCAAUCCGCCCAGCACACAAGCUGCCCUCAGAGGAUGGGGGUGGGUUCUCCUGCGGGCUCAAGCGCCCCUGGACUUAGACCUCCUGGGCAGGUUCCCUGAGAUGGAAGGGGAGCUGGUCCUGAAGGGCCAGAUCGGGCCUCCAGCACUGAAGCCUACCUGUGGUGUGGUGACUGGACGAGUGCCUGCCGAGGAGGCAUCCUUCCAGCCAUCAGGUAGGGGCCCGCCCACCAGGACCUCCCCAAGGCCGCCCCUUUCCUGGUCCCCCUCCCGUUGCCCACUGCAAUCCCGUGACCAGUCCCCCCUACCUGGCCAGGCCCUGAGCCCACCCUCACUAGGAGCCCCUCUGCUCGCAGACCCUCCAAACAGCCCUGGACAAUUCCAGAACGGAAAACUGCGCCGCCCCUGCUCCUAGCCCUUCCUGCACCUCCUCAUGACGCAGGGCAGACCCCGGCCCCGAGCGGCCUUCAGCCUCCACAUCCCCCACCUCCAGCCCUGCCGACCGCCGGGCUCUCCCGUCUCUGGGCUUUGCAAAUGCUGUUCCAUCCCUGGGAACACCCACUUCCUGCCUCACCUGACUGGCUCCUGCCCAGCCCUGCACCUUGGACACAGAGGGAACGAACCUGCAGAGGCUGAAAUGGCAAAGGGGGUAGCCUUUGCCCUGAGGGGGUCUGCUUUCCCCCUGAGGUCUUCACGGAACUUGGGAGGCAGGACCAGAACCCAGUGUCUGCCCCAGGGGUACUGCCCACAGAAGGCGGACCCUUCAGCCGCAGGGUGAGUGUGGAAGAAACCCGCGACUCAGGGAGACGCCUCGUGGCGCUGGCUUUCCACGCAGGGCGGAAAGUGCAUCCUCUUCAUUUGCAGUCUGAAAUCAGGCUGCCUGUGUGGCCCCAGAGACCCCAAGGGGAGAAUUGUAAGUGGCCCCCGGUUGGCGGGGCCCAGGCGGCUGGCGGAAGCAAAACAUCCUCGCUAGAGCAGUGAGCGUUUCUUAGCCAUGCACGGGGGAUGUUUGGGGCCGCGUUAAGUCUUGGGGGAGCUGUCCGUGCACCGUAGGAUGUUUAGCACCAUCCCUGGCCUCUAUCCACUAGAUGCCAGCAACACACACACACACUCAGUUGUGAUGACCAAAAUGUCACUGGACAUUGCCAGUGCCCAGGGGGCAAAGUUGCCCUUAGCUGAGCAUCUGCUCUAGAGCAGUGCAACUCCACCAGGCCUCAAGGAUUUCCUAUGGACCAAGUUCCAAGGAAAAUGAGUGUCUCCAGCUUAAAAAACUUUUCACAAACACCACAAGGAAAGAAUCUACCAUGAGAGCCAGCAGAAACAGCAGAUUCUGUAGCCAUUUCAGAUAUUCAGUAAUCAGAGAACAUAAAAUGGCUAUGUUUUGUAUGCCUGAAGAAAUAAAAGAGAUCCUUGAAAAUAUG